AAGAUGAAUAAGCCUGCUAUAUAUAACAGCAACCAAAAAAUGCUGCAUAGAUUCCUUAUCUACUGCAGAGCGUAUUUCCUGUAUUACGAAACUCAGUUUACUAAGAAAUCUGAGAAAGUUAUCCUUGUAGGAACUUAUCUCGAAAAAGAUGCUCUUAUCUAA